AUGCUUGGACUUUUGUACAAGGUGGUACAAGCUCGAAGGCACGAGCGGGGAUUGAAAUCAGGGAUUGACGUCGUCGAGCUGAAAAAGCUGAAUGAGCGAGUAAGCUCUGUUCGGCGUGGGUAUGACGAAGCGAAUGUAUGCGGCGAGGGGCAGCAACGGCAAGUGGGCGGCAGUGACGGCGACUUUUUGGAGGAGCGUCACGGGAUGGCAGGGGUCGCUGGUGUAGCACGGUAG